UCUCUCUCUCUCUCUCUCUCUCUCUCUCACCAUUUUUGUAAGACGCAAACGGGAAAAAUGCAGCACCAGCAGCACAAUCCUUCACUCGAUUCCGAACCUCAACUCCCACAAAUCAAAAUCCACCACCCCUCCUCUCCUCGUGUCCACAGCCCCGCUCUCUCCGCCGCCACUCCCACCCCAACCGCCGGUGCCCGCCGCAAAAUUGGCGUCGCUGUUGACCUCUCCGAUGAGAGUGCCUUCGCCGUUCGCUGGGCCGUCCAGAACUACAUCCGCCCCGGGGAUGCGGUGAUCCUCCUCCAUGUUAGUCCUACGUCUGUCCUGUUCGGUGCUGAUUGGGGGGCCAUCGACCUUACCAUCAAUACCGAUCCCAGCUCGGAGGAAAAUGCCGUCAGUAACCUCACUAACAAUGAGCACUCCAAGAGAAAGCUUGAGGAUGAUUUCGAUGCUUUCACAGCGUCUAAGGCUGCUGAUCUUGCCAGGCCGCUUAAGGAUGCUCAGAUUCCGUAUAAGAUCCAUAUUGUGAAGGAUCAUGACAUGAGGGAGCGUUUAUGCUUAGAGGUGGAGAGGCUGGGGCUGAGUGCCGUGAUCAUGGGUAGUCGAGGGUUCGGCGCGCUACGUCGUGGCAGCGAUGGAAGGCUUGGAAGCGUUAGCGAUUACUGCGUGCAUCAUUGCGUUUGUCCGGUCGUGGUGGUCCGGUAUCCUGAUGAUAAAGAUGGUGGAAAUGGUGCCGGGAGCGAUGGUACUGCCGUGGUGGCAAUGAAAGUGGAGGAAGAGGAUGAGGCAGUAAUCAAGACGGUGCCAGUCCAACAAGAACAUAAAAAAGAAGAUUAGCUGAGGCCACGUUGAGCUUUAUUUUGCAUGGACAGAAUGCAUAUCCCAACUGGGAUUGGCCAAGAAAAUGAUAUGGGGAUAUUUAUGUUCUCGGGUGCCCACGUUUCUUUGUACUGGGAGCAUUUCUUGCUUAUGAACACUGGAAAGAUUUUAGAGAUGUUCUUCUAUGGCUUGAUGUGAUCUCGGUUCUUCAGGCCAUCCAAAGAGUGUUGUAGCUUCUUUUCUGAUGUGGUUUAUACUCUUUCAUGUAGCUGGGCAAGCUUGCCUGCCUUUGGUUUUCUGGUUCUUAUUUCCGAUCUGUAAGUAUAAAGCUACGCCUCUCGUUUAAACAUCUAAAUGGGCAUAAAGAAAAUGACAAAAA